GAAGUUCAUUGUACUCAAAGGAGUGAAAGGCGGCAUAAGUGCUGUUACGGAUGUAAACAAAUAUCCUUGGCCGGACUAACUUGGCUGUAAAUUAGCUUCUGCCGCUAGUAAAUCACCGUAUGAAGCUCAGUGUUUUACCCGGAGCGCCUAGCCUCAGAUCGGUCCUUUCCGUUUCUUUAGCAGCUGUGUGGAAGCGUCGUUGUUGCCCCGUUCAGUUGGGUGGCGGUAGAGGCGGUGUAACGUUCAGGAUUUCACAAGCUGUUUUGUUGUCAGCCGGUGGAAGACAUGAGGAGCCUUUAGGUUAACACCUCUAGAGAAGACUUUACCCACAAGAAGCACACACACACAAAAAAACCUGAUCCAGAUGGAGGCUUCUCUUGAUUCAACGCGGAACACUAACUUUAGUUCUGUCCUGUCGUCAUGCGAGCCAGAGCUCCAGGAACUGAUGAAACAGAUCGACAUCAUGAUCAGCCACCAGAGGAGGGAGUGGCAGGUUGAGAAGCAUGUCCUGGAGAUCAGGGUGAAGAAUGGAGAGGAGGGCCUUCUAACCUCCAAAAACAUCAUUGAGCGGAGGGACCUGGAGAUUGGAGUACUUCAAAAACAGCUGGAAGAAAUCCUGAGAAGUCGCCAAGAGGCAGUUGCGAAGUACGAGCAACAGCUGCAGAAACUCCGAGAAGAGCUGGACCUUUUAAAGGGAAGUUACCAAAAACUCCAGCGCAAACAGCUCAAGCAGACAAGCGGAGGAGCAAAAGAGUCAGACCAGUUGAAGGAGUACCAGCGGCUCUCUGCGGAGUGGGAGCAGCAGCGGGCGCAGUACCAGAAGCAGCUCACCACCCUGGAGGCUGAGAAUAAAAGCCUGACUGAGGAGAUCUCGCACAUAAAGAGCGCACCGUGGCGGGUGGAGCAGGAGCACAUGGAGUGCUGCUUGGAGGUGCAGCAUCUGGGUGCUCUGCUGGAGAAGGCCCGCAGCAGCCUGCUGUCCCAGGAGAUGGAGCUGGAGCGCCUGCGGCCCUGUGAGGCCCUGCUGGGAGCCUCACAGCCACAGCAGCUGCGGUCAGACGAACCGGACGCCUCGAGGGGAGCUGACCUGGAUCAGCAAAGACGUGGAAAUGAAGCCGUCAGACUCAGACAGUUGCUCCACGCUAAAGACCAAGUCAUCCGCUCUCUGGAGGACUGCCUGGCCGCUCAGGGCUGCACCGGCGUGGAGGUCAUCAGGAAGGACCUGGAGAAGAUGGCCGACAAGCUGCAGGGUGCUCGGGCCGGCGAGGCGAACCUCAGGUCGGAGGUGACAUGUCUGAAACAGAGAAUGGAGGGCAUGAGCCGACAGCUAAAGGAUCAAACAAAGGUGGAGAAAGAGCUGAGAAACGUAGCGGCAGACUUUGACAACUCGGUCGCUGAAAGCAAAAAGCUCCGGGAGGAGCUGGAGACGGCGCGGCAGACCCACAGCGCCGAGGUGGAGGGCGUGAGGAGGGAGGUGUCGAAGCUGACCGGCGAGCUGCACCAGCGCGACGUGUCCAUCUCGGCUCUCAGCGGCUCCUCGGCCAGCAUCCAGCAGCAGCUUCGCGGCGAGGUGCAGCGGGCGGCGGAGGCAGCCACGCAGCUCAAGAUGACUCAGGCGCAGCUGGAGACUCUGCAGGCCGAGAACAAGCAGCUGAAAGGUCUGCUGCAGACGCUCCAGUCCCACUCUCCCAAGGGGGAUGAAUCCUCUGCUGCGUUACUGCAGCAGCGCUACUUGACCUCCAUAAGCAGCCUGGAAGAGGAGAACCGGCAGCUGAGGCAGGCGCUCGCCAAGCACCACGUUCAGCUGGACGCUCAGGAUGAAACGGGUCCGGAGAGGAACCAACACGUCGCGCUCAGCCACACCACGAUGACGGCGCAGGUGGAUCCUGGUCCGGAACGGACUCAGCCCGCUAGCUAUGACAGAAAGAUCCAGAAGAUCCAGAGGCUCUUUAAAGAGCUUCAGGACUUUCCAAAGUCUUCCAACGAGCCGCCUGGCAGAGAGCACAAAGACAGCCAGCUGCACUCCUCUUCAUGUUCCUCCUCUUCCACCAGCAGCCCCGGACUGAGCAGAGGAAGCUCAGCCACAGCCCUCACUCCACACAGACUUGCUGCUGAGGGCCAAAACUCUGGCCCUGAAAACUGUCUGACCUCCAGAUCCAGAGGUUCAGAGGAGGCGCUGUCCCCUACACGCAGCGCAGUGUCUCGUUUCCUGGCGGAGGAGAGCCUGUGGUCCAACGAGCUGCGACUGAAACUGGACAGCCACAUCCGCGGCAUGAAGGAGAACAACUUCAGGACGGUGUCCAGGUUCCUGGCGAGCGGCUCGGGAGCGCGCUCCGGCUCUGCGCCGUGACUCCGCCCUUCUGCCUUAACAUAGCUGAUAAACGGUACCAAACAGGUGUUUGUGACUCUGCUGAUUCGUUACUCAUCACCUGCUCAUGGUUUCACGAGUGUUGAACGCACCGUUUCCUAAUUUACUACACAUUUUGGCGUAUUGAAAAUCACAAGAUUGCUGACAUUUGCGUCACAUGACGGAAGCGUGUGUCACUUCUGACUUUGGACAGCUUGUCUGUUUGCGAUGAACGGCGUGGUCUUGGCAGGAUACGUUGCCGUGACGUCCUCUCGUCCUGUCUCUUUUCUUUGAAUUGGUAUUUAAGGAUCAGCUGACCACCUUGUGAUGAACUCUCGCUGAUCUCCGAGAGCCUUCGAGUUGUUGAAUAAUUGUUACCUAAACGAAUCAGAAAGUAGGCCACGCUGCUGGCACUUGGAGCCACUUUAAGCAUUGAGCAUGCUGAGGUGAGUAAAUAUGGGCAUCAAAUGGCAUUUAAUCAACCAGUAAUAUUACUGUGAAAACAUUGCACUGGGGUAUAAUAUAUUGUAUUGCAAAUGUUCAAUAUUAGUAUGACAAAUGCUAAUAUUGGCGUAGAUGUAUUGAUGUGCGAUGUUGCUAAGAUGAUGGGAUUUACUCGCUUCUCAUUUCUGAGACUUUGAACUCUCCUGAUUUGCCCUCUUUGUAGAAAUCCCUCUGGUCAGGAUCUUCAUUUCAGACCAUCAAUUCAAGUUUUCAUAAAUCAAAAUCCCGCUGUGCACGUGUAAAACGAUCGAGAUUUCUACAGUACGUCAAUCAGAUUUCUUGAGAACGCGUUCGGUGUCAUCUUUGGGAAAAGCCAAUCUUUUUGCCAGGUCUAUCUUGUGUUUCGAGGACAGUUGCUGUCCCCAGGUCCAACCGGCGUCACAGCCGCCCACUCUGCAGCUCGUCCAGCGCAGGAAUGUGCGCGCCAUGCCAGCGCUGACAUAAAGCCUCCCCCUGCAGCCCGCUCCGUCCUCAUCAUUAGAAACCUGGUGGAAUGUUAAUGUCGACCAUGUGGACGGCUGAGAGGCCAGCGGAGCCGUAUCCAGAUGCAUUUUUAUAGCUUUGUUUUAAAUCAGAGACACAUUGGAAGAAUGGAAAUAAACUGAGGGGGGAAAAAAACAAACAAAAGAAAGAAAAAAAAAAAGUGUUUUGCAUUUUUGUAUUACAGAGAAGUGGUGGUCGGCUGCUUGCCAGACCUGACUUUUCACUUUGAUAUGUGGUCAUGCUUGUUCUGUGAACACCCCCCCACCCCGGCUCAUACACACACACACACACACACCAACAAACAGCACUAAGGCUGGCGAUGCAGGUAUUCCUCUGGUUCAGAGGUGCUAAAUGUGGAACUUGAGCACUACAUGCUAACUAGCAUGUGGGCUAAUUAGCAAAAACAUUAGACUUUGCUUCACAGUAAGGGGUCAUUGAACAAGCCGAGUUCUAAUGUUUAUGUCAUACUCUAUAAAGGCUACUUCAAAUCAAACCAAUGAAAUUUGAUUAAAUGAUUAAAUGAAUUUAUUGGUCAA